AUGCCGCCACCAGGAGACACAACAACUGGCGAUCAGGCUACGGAAUUGGCGGAUCUCACCAAACAAAUCGGUUUGCUAGUCAACGUCUUCGCAAAACUCGCUCAAGCACCGGCAAACGCUCCGUUGACAACUACACCCACCAGUGGACACAAUUUUCUAGUGGAAUCGAUAUCAAAACGGAUUCCAAUCUUCACCUAUGAUCCAGACGACGACCAAACCUUCGACACGUGGUACGCUCGAUAUGAGGAUGUCCUGACUAAGGAUGGUGAAUCUCUAGAAGAAGCUCGAAAGAGUACUCUCACUUCACAAAUCGUAUCCUACCGAAACUCCCGAACGAGCUCAACUUUGCGGAGCUCAUCAGCAAACUUCGAGAGACAUUCAAAUCGACAUCAUCGAUUUUCCGGAAACGCCAAGAUUUCCUCCGCACGGAAUAUUUUGGAGGAGCAAUUGAAGAGUAUACUGGACCUCAGAAAAUUCACAUCGUCCGAAUUCAAGAAGAUGACUGAUGAUCAAGUAUGCUGUAUGGUCUGGAUAAAUGGAUUACGAGAUAACACUUACUCCGACAUCCGAACAAAGGCUCUCCAAGUUAUGGAAGCGAAACCAGAAUGUACACUGUUAGAAUUGGAGCAGAAUAUCAAACGGCUUCUGGAUGUGCGAGCUGACUCCAAAAGCGUAUGCAAACUAGAACCAAAGUCAUCAGAGAUCAACGCCAUAAGCACAAAGGAAACCAAGAGGGAUAAACCGCAGAAGGCUCCACCGUCACCAUGCUACAAAUGCGGCGGUAAUCACUGGGCAAAGGAGUGCCAAAAAACCAAAAAGCGAGAAACAGAUCAAAAAGGCAAAAACAACAGGAUCAAGUCGGUGAUGGUUAGAAGCGCAUCCACUUUCGAACCAUCUCGUAUCUACCGUAUCGUCACAAUCAAUGGAACAAAAAUCCAGAUGCAGAUGGAUACGGGAGCCGACGUCACUUUGAUCAGUACAAAAGAUUGGAAUCGACUGGGUCGCCCUCAACUACAAGCACCCACAAUCCAAGUCAAAUCAGCAAAUCAUCAACCGAUAAAGGUCAGAGGAUCUUUCCAAUGCAAUUUCGUCAUAAACGGAAACGUUGCUUCGGGACAAGCACAUGUCGCCGAAACGGGUACACUCCUCGGAACCGACUGGAUCUCCAAGGAUCCUACGCUCUGGAAAACCCUAAAUCAACAAAUCUGCGCAGUAAGUUCCGAUGUUGGAUCAGCAUGCGACUACCUGGACAACACCCGCGAACAACUGAAGUCAAAUUUGGAAAAGGAAUUCAACAAUGUCUUCCAACCAGGGCUCGGUAAAUGUACCAAAACUAAAGCUUCUAUUCUGCUGAAACCAGGGGCACAACCAGUGUUCCGUAAAGCACGACCAGUCCCAUUCGCAGCAUUGACCACAGUAUCAGAGGAGUUGGAACGUCUACAGCAGUCAGGUGUUAUCUCUCCAGUGGAUCAUUCGGAAUGGGCAGCGCCGAUAGUUCUUGUCAAAAAGAAGAAUGGAUCGAUUCGGAUGUGCUCAGAUUUCUCUACCGGGCUCAACGAUUCAAUCCAACAGCAUCAGCAUCCCUUGCCAACUGCAGACGACAUAUUCGCUACUUUAAACGAUUGA